ACAAAGCAGCAACAGCUGGUGACACUCAGCCUGAUGAUGAAGAGAGUACUCCUCUUGUUUGCACUGGUGGCUAUAACCACCUCAUAUGCUAUACCUCUUUCCCCCAAGGUACAUGAGGUGUAUGAGAAUGGGGAGGAUGAGAACCCCAUGCUAAACCUGGGUUUGGAUACCAACUUGUUUGAAGGGGAUAUUUUAAUUCCUGAAGGACGGAAUGCCCUGAUUGACAAAUCAUACAGAUGGACAUUUCCAAUCCCAUACAUACUGGGUGAUGAUCUGGAUCUCAAUGCCAAGGGAUGUGUCCACCAAGCUUUCGAAAUGUACCGACUGAAGUCUUGUAUUGACUUCAAACCUUAUGAAGGAGAGAAGACAUUCAUCAAGUUUGAGAAGAGAGGAGGGUGUUUCUCCAGCGUCGGUGACCAGCAAAAUGGUCAGAUUUUGUCGUUGGGGUCAGGCUGUGACCACAAGGCAGUGAUUGAACAUGAACUCCUCCACGCUCUAGGAUUUUACCAUGAACAGUCCCGUACAGACAGGGACGACUAUGUCGACAUCUGGCUGGAUCAGGUUACACCAGGAUUACAACAUAACUUCAACAAAUACAACGAUGACUUCAUCACUGAUCAAAACACAGCAUACGACUAUGAGUCCAUCAUGCAUUAUAGGCCCUUCUCAUUUAAUAAGAACGAAUCCGUCCCCACUAUCACCACAAAAAUCCCAGAGUUCUACAACAUUAUUGGCCAGUACCUUGACUUCAGUCAGAUGGACACCCUCAGGCUCAACCGGAUGUACAACUGUUCUGGUCCUCUCACACUGCUGGACCAGUGUGCUUUUGAGUUCGCCAGCAUCUGCGGUAUGAUCCAUGCCUCCCCUAGUGAUGCUGACUGGGUUCGUACCAAGAGCAUUGCUGGGUCAGAGGAUCACACACUCCUGGGAAGAUGCAAAGAUGCUGGUUUCUUCAUGUACUUCAGCACCAUGACUGGAAAGCCUCAGGAGUCCGCUUUGCUGGAAUCCCGAACCCUGUACCCCAAAAGAAAGCUUCAGUGUCUGCAGUUCUUCUACAAGAUGACUGGACACUCGAGUGACAGACUGGUGAUUUGGGUCAGAAUGGAUGAUGGCACAGGCACAGUUCGUAGAAUGAAGAAAAUACACACCUUUAAUGCUGAUACAGACCACUCAUGGAAGAUCGGCCAUGUCCAAAUGGAGGUAGGAGUGAAAUUCCGGUAUGCUUUCCAAGCUGUGCGUGGUAAUCCCUCUGCAUCAGCGGGCGGUAUCUACAUCGACGACAUAAGCUUGAGCGAAACACGUUGUCCUAAUGCUGUGUGGAGGAUCCAGAACUUCUCCAAGAUCAUGGAAACAGCUGAUGUCAACACAGUUAUUGAAAGCCCUCGCUUCUACAGCCCGGAAGGAUACGGUUAUGGUGUCCGCGUCAUCCCUUUGUCGAGUUACAAGGAUUACACAGGGAACUACGUCGGGCUUUACUUCCACUUGGCCAGUGGUGAAAAUGAUGUGGUGAUGCAGUGGCCAGCAGUGAACAGGCAGGCGAAAUUGGUGGUAAUGGACCAGAACCCAGACAUAACGCUGAGGAUGUCUACUGCUCGGAGCCUCACAACUGAUAUGAUGAUGACACCAGAUGGAAAGUUUUUUUGGGACAAUCCCUCCAAGGUGGGGACCUAUGAUGCUUCCUGUAGUUGCUACAGAGGUGAAUCAUGGGGCUGGAGAAACUUUGUCAAGCACUUUGACCUCAAUCGUCGGGAUUAUCUCAAGAACGACGACCUCAUCAUCUUCAUUGACUUUGACGAUAUAACAUCACUAAUUAAAACAGAAGUCCCAAUUAAACCAAAGGAAUAAAGUCAAGCAGGAUUGUUUUAAUCAGCUGGAGUCGGAGAUGCACAAUCAUGCAGCUGGGAUGACAAGAAUACAUGUGAUGAUGGAGGGAGGAUGACAUUACACUGCUUCGACACAGUAUCAAACCUCAACACAUGAAUAAGAAUGUCAGGAGAUAUGCAUGUUAUAUGAUAUACAAGUAAAACCAUUUCUUUAACAAUCAUUACAAAGUUAUUUCUGAUUGAGCUGUUGUCUUAAUAAAAGCUAUCAAAUAAG